GUGUGUGUGUGUAUACCAAAUUUAUUUCUUGAAUCACCUGAAUAUACAAAUUGAAAAAGUAUCAAAAUGGUUGCAUACUACGACGAAUGCGACGCCGCAGAAAAUCCCAAAACAUUAACAGAUUGGGUGCGUAAUUUUCGUUUAAAACGCGUCCAAAUGCGUCGCAAAUUAAGAGGUGCUGGCAGCGACCUGCGCGUGAACGCCAUUUUGUCUACGGCUCUACUCCACGCCGAGCACGAACUGCGUAGAAAGCAGCAGGAAAGAUUUAGUCGCUGGCUAGAUAUCCAAACCAAGUUUGUGCCACAUGGUAAAACGCAUUGUGGUAGUGACGCUGAAGCUGAAGCCAAUGCCAAAAUAGGGGCAGAAGCAGAAGAGUGCGAACGACGCGAAAUCGAAAAUAAUUUGUGGAGGGGUGAGCUAAGUGGCCUCGACAAUUUUAUGCGCAGCCUUAGUAGCACCAGCCACAACGCCAGCAACAACGGAACCCGUAGCAGCAGCUACAGGAAAAACAACAACCAACACAACUGCGCUGCCAUUGCCGUGAGCAGUUAGAAAGAGACAAAUAUAGUCGGCCAUGUUUUGUGUGUAUACAUGAAAUGGAAGAGGAGAACAGCACCAUGUUCGAGAUUCAUCUGUCGAAAUAUUUUUUCCUCUGUCGCUUUAGAUAUACAUAUUUGUUCAUUUGUUAAAUUAGUUUUAUUACGACAACCCAAUUUCUCAUUUGCAGUCGCAAUCAUGUGCAAGGCUGUUAUAGAUUGUAAUGAAAUAAUGAAGGAUUGGAAGAGUGUGAGAAGACGAUGAGCAAACGGCCUUCAAUUCAUUGAAAUGGUGUGAGUCAUUGGCGCUGCUUCAUGAAAUCCAUGCUGAACGCCACCAGAAAGAGGCUUUGGUUCAGGAUUCACACUCGUUUCCUGCUCCUCGAUACGUUAAUGGCAACGAUGAGGAGGAAUGGAAUACUUGAACAAGCAACCACAACGUCAACAGCCUGAAGCUGAAACCGAAACCCAAACGAAAUGCCUUAAAAUGGCUUAUAAAGAAGUUACGUCGAUCGACGAUGGUUUGUUAUUGAGUUACUGAGUGAGUCUUCACGUCUGUCCGUGUCUUCCCCAACCUCAACGCUUGGCAGCGAGUUCCGUAAACCAGCCGAUGGCCGAUUCUACACAGAUCGCCGGAGCAGCGAGCAGCGAGCAGCAGCAGCAGCAGCAAACACCACCGAGUCUCCCCUGCAUGACAUGCCAAUGCCACAGGCAGCUGACAAAGAACAAUGGGGACAAGGCGGAAUUGCGAGCGGCAGCAGCUCCAGCUCAUCAGCUUACGUGUGAUUGAAGCUCUCGUGCCCAUGUCGGUGCUGAAUUCACCAGCUACCACGACAUUUCUACAUAGAACGCUUCGCAGUUGCUGACCACACCACCCACCCAUCCACACAGAUACACGGUAUUUGGUAUAUCAGCUGCGAACGAAAAAUAUUGCUUUUUGAACAGAUUUACAGCGAAAAAGCACCAAGGAGUAACAAUCAUCCAGAAACUAAACUCCCACUGUCUUCGAACCCUGCAAACCCGACGCAUCGGAACUACGCCGCAAUCUCUAAAUUUCAGCCAUCUAAAAUACAUCGCCGUCUUCGGAUCUCGAGGGACAGGGACUUCAGUUGAAUUCUCGCAUGUAAGCCGUAUGGGAUUUUUCUUGUGAUUAACACUUGAAUUGCAGCCAUCAGUAUUAGCCAAGCUGUCGCCCAUAUUCACAUUCUUAGUGUAUGCUGUGGUACUCUGCACGCUCAGCCCGUCCUGUUUCACUUGGGGAGUUUGCGUAAUCUCUUAGGAGUAGAGUGUGAAUAUCGUUGGAUCUCUGCUCUUUUACCCAAUGAUUUUGCAGAUAAGAUUUGGACCCUAGCCUGUCGUACCCGAUACUCUGUACUUUCCUAACCAUUGGGCUAUUGUAAGGCCGAUUUUAAUAUUUGUAGCGAUGCGUCACAGUCGAACUGUUCCUGUGAGUGUCUGGUGCCAGCAAAGUUUCUUCUCCAUUCGCGCUCCAAAUGUUGGACAUCUUUGAGAGGAGAGCGGCUGCCAACCAGCUAAGAAAUAGUAUCUUUGUCAUACACAACACACACACACACACACACGCACACACGUAACUCAGUUUGUAGUCUGGGAACAAGCAUCACUUUUCGUUUACUUUUGCAGCAAUGUGGCGCAGUUGAGCGGUACCUGCGUGCAUGUGCUGUGCAUGGAGCGUGUGGGGACGAGGAUGCGAUAAUUUGAAUUGGUUUCUUGAAUGUCACAAGUCUACGACCUCCGGCAGCAGCAGUCGAUGGGAUAAAUAACAAAGCGUAACUGGUCUUUGAACGAAAUUCGAACAAAAUGCUUCUUUUGUUUCAAAUUCUCUUUUAGCACAUAUGCAUGUAGCUUUUAUGAGCCAGAUCAUACAGCUCAACCAACAACUAAAAAAGGUAGCUGGGAAAACGGACCCCCUCUCCUUACGACACGGACAUGAUUCUACUUCCGCUUCUACGAUUGGUAUGGGCACCCAUGUUCUCGGAUAUUUCGUUCUUCUUGUAAAUUUGCAUAGAUACAUAACCCUAUACCGAAUCAUUCUGAAACUGAAGAAUUCGUCGUAUGGACGGACAGGAGUCGUUUCGCAAUCGCUUAUCCUAUCCGAUGUGGUGGAAGAUCCAGACACAAGACUCCAGACAUCAGACACCAGACAGUUACAAAAGCUAAGACAUUGCAAUCGAAAUCAUUUCUUUCAUAUUUUGUAGAAAUAUGCCGCAGUUGAACAGUGCCUGCGCAUAUUGUGGUGUGGACUGUCCGAAAAAGGACUAGAUGCAAGGAAAUUUCGUUCAAGUCUGCGAGGGGUGGUCCGCCCAGCGUCCGCCCAAUGUAAAUCAUUUGAAGUGUGGAACAAAAUCAUUCUUUAUUUUUGUAGAGUUGUGGUUGCAGUAGACCGUGCCUGCCCACGUCUACAACUACUCGUUCGUAUUGUACAAUCGAAAAAGCAUAGCCUGGGAAUUGCCAUCGAAAUCAAGAAGGAGCAAUCGACAGCUUCAGACAGAGCCAUAUGUAUACUGGCUGUAUACUGGAUUGUCAGUCACAGUCACAGUUACAGUCACGUUACACCCGUCACACAGCGUUGGGAGCCCAGGAGAAUAAGCGUUUUUACUAAAGUUCCCCUUUCUUCUUUCCCACUGAAAAGCGCCUCAUAUUAAUGUAUUCAUUACAGUGCUGAUACCAAUCAAAAAAUCGCAAUGGUCGUGGGAUGAUCCGAUCCGAUCACACAGUUAAACUUACACGUGCACUUUCGCCUGUUCUGAUUACCUACCGUGUACAUGUAGCAAAAUUUCUUGAGGCAAUGGGAAUCAAAUGCCAACUUGAAAGCAAUAACACCAACACUUAAUCGACCGCAAUCCAACAUCCAUACAACACGUCGAAUUUGCAUUGACUCGAAGCUAAGCUCCCUAUCGACUCGAACAGCAAGGUCAGGUCUCUCAAUUCAAAUAGAACCGUUUGCACCUGUUUUUCAGCUUGUGAGAAGGUGAGGCAAGGAUGGAGUGUUUUAUAGAAGCAACUACGUUUUGGCUUGUUUGACUGGUCGGCUGCCUUGGCACAUAGGACCCUCUACCCCUCUACAGAGUGAGAACUUUUAGCGGUCUUAAAUUUCCUUUGCACUUCUUGCAGCGGUGUUUCACAGUUGAUUGUUCCUGUGCGCAUCGACUAGGUAGAAACGACACGACACGAAACGAAACGAAAGGCAACUGCUUUGGAGUGGACAAGCUAGCGAGGGACCGGGACCGGUCAGUUUCCAGUUUCUUGUUCUACACGGCACUCCUAGCAAGUCUUGUGUCUGCGACUGCGUCUGCGACUGCGUCUGCGACUGUGCCUGUGCUGCUGCUAAUCGUUAAAGGGAAUCAAAAACGAUGCAUCAAGUCCAUCCAUUAAGGCUUGUCUCAAGCAAGCAAGCCAGCAAGCAUACUAUCGCCACAACGACAACUGCUUACAUUUCACCUAAUGCUAAUGCUAAAUGCACAAAACGAGCAGAAUACAUCGAGAGAACAUCGAGUAUAGCAGCAAAACGCAAACAAGCAAGCAAGCAAGCAGCAAGGCUGUCCUGUCUCGUGCGCCUACUUUAAAAUUAGAUGUAAACUUAACGUUUCUACAUUACAGCCAAGUUGUCUGCAAAAAAAAAGGGCCGCUUGUGUCUACCAAGGGUGCACCAAGGCGCUUCAUAGCACACAACCUGUCGCCGACCGAAUCAAUCAACGCUCAGACGAGGCUAGACCAAGUUCAAGAUUGCCGACUACCGCCUGCCGCUGUCCAAAGCACGGGCACGGGCCAUGGCACGAGCACGGGCACGGGCGUCGAGAGCGAGCUGGAGACAGUCCUGCGAGCGAUGUGCUAGCCUAAGCACGUAAUGCAAUUGGCACCGCACAGAGAUGUGCGUUCGGUCCACGCUAAAGGGAAACAAAUGCGUUUGGACCGAGAGCCGCUACACCGCACCAUCACCAGCAUUCGCUGAAGAAGUGAGCUGAUGUGUUGUCGUUGUUACAGGGCUGCUGCCUGCAAGUACGCUACGGGCAUCCUAGCGUCGUCGUCGCUAAUUAAUUGUCACUUUCAGCGUUGUAUUUGAAUAACAUCCGGACAGAUCAGCAGCUAACGACGCGUAGCCAGUCGUUUAUCGCAAACGGGAACCAAUUGCGAUUAGUGUUCAA